CACAACCACUAUUGGUUAUCACUCAAAGUACCACAAAAGAUGGCCAACUCCGACCAAAAACUCCUAAUGAUCUUCAUGUUUUCACUCAUGCUCAUAACCAUUGCCAAAUCAGACUCAUUGUCCUUCAACUACCCACGUUUCACGCCGGGUCUUAGAAAUCUUCUGUUGGACGGUGAAGAUUCUAGCAUUUCAGAUGAAGCGCUACACCUGACCAAAACCGAUCCGAAUACAGGCAAAGCUCUUCCAGACCGUUCUGGUUUGGCCGCAUUUUUCGGAGCAGUUCGGCUCUUCAACAACCGAACCGGCAAAGUCGCAGACUUCACUACAGAAUUCACCUUCACUGUGAAAACAAACGGUGUGCAACCUCACGGCGAUGGGUUCACCUUUUUCCUCGCAUCACUCGAUUAUGAAUUCCCAGACAACUCGAGUGGCGGAUUCCUUGGAGUCUUCGGCUCUCAAACUGCAUUCAAUGCCUCUGCAAACCAGGUUGUGGCGGUUGAGUUUGAUACCUUUGGGAACACUUGGGAUCCUCCCUACUCACCAUACCCUCACAUAGGAAUCGAUGUUAACAGCGUCAGAUCGGUGGCCACUGCGAAAUGGCCAAUGGAUUCUGAACCAGAUGGUGCAAUAGGGAAAGCAUCUAUAAGAUAUGGGUCAUCCUCAAAACUGUUGAGUGUGAUUGUUUCUUAUCCAAACAGUACCGUACCUGUAACAACUUUAUCGUAUCCGGUUGAUUUUGCGAAUGCUCUGCAAUCGGAAUGGGCACUUGUUGGAUUCUCUGCUUCUACUGGUGAUUUGGUUGAGACACAUGACAUUCUUUCAUGGUAUUUCCGUACUUCCCUGUAGAGCAAGAAAUAUAUGGUACUGCUGGGAACCGACAAGAAGAGAAAAAAUGGAGUGCAUGUUGAGAGAAUAUUUGAGGAGUUAGCUAUGUUAUGGUUUAGUUGGUGUGUUUUGCAUUUUUUUUUCCUUUUUCUACUUAUUAGCUUGUUUCUUUCAUUUGUUCAGAGACUCAUCUGACCAGUUUCCUUUAUAAUAAAUGCAAGUUUAAAGUCAUGAAUUAAUACAUAAUUGGAUACCAAAUCAAAUGGUC